AUGCAGUGUAUUAAGACAUUUUCACUCGAAGAACAGAACCCACUUUUAAAUAUUGCCACAAUAGAACAUGUGCAUCUUAAUGCUUUUAUUCACCCGUGUCUUGACAUUUCUUUAUGGUACAUUGCUGGUAUACACUAUGAAUUCGGCAAGAUAACGUCGAAAAAUCACACUAAUAGUAAUCGAGUUGAUGGAGUUGGUUACAUGAUGGAUGCUGAUAAGUAUCAGCUCAUUUAUGUUGAAGGCUCGAGACCAGUAACAAAAGAUAAAAAGAAAAUCGAUGAUGUCAAAAAAAUAACAGAUAAUUUAAAGAAUAUAUUCGCGAAUAUUGUAAAGGAAACCAUCAAAAGAACGUAUAGAUUAAAUGAGAUUAAUAAUGCCAAUCUUCCUUGGAAAUUUUCUAAAAUGAAAAAUUUUAUUUAUUUCUAUGAAAGUGUAUUGAAAUGGUUGCUAUUAGUUCGUGAUGUUACAGCAUCCUUUGAUGAUACAAGAGCUGAACAAAGACCUUUGCAACUUUUAUACGCAAACACUCUUCUCCAAUUAGAUUAA